GCCCUCCUCCCAUUGAGCGAGGCUGUGUCGCGUGGCCCAGCGUCGGCGUGACGGUUGGACGCGGGCGCGGCACUGCGGGUCCCGAUUGCUGCAGCCGCUUGUCAGUGUGAUGAAGAUUGGCACCCAGGCCGCAGAACCUGCUCCUCUCCAUCUGCUCCAUUUUGGGACAUGCGGCUCUGCUCUGCCCGUGGCUCAGACACCAUUUGCUUUUGACUCAAGAUGAUUUGAUGUUUUGUUAUAAAACUCAUUAACCAUGAUGGCUACACAGACAUUAAGCAUAGACAGCUAUCAAGAUGGGCAACAAGUGAGCGCCUGAGCUUUGUUCUGCAUUCUAAAUACAGUCGAUGGAUCGGAUGCAAGUAGUAACAGAGUUAAAAACGGAGCAAGAUCCCAACUGCUCUGAACCUGAUGUGGAAGGAGUGAGCCCUCCACCCGUGGGGUCCCAGACGCCAAUGGAUGCAGACAAGCAGGCCAUUUAUAGGCAUCCACUAUUUCCAUUAUUAGCUUUGUUGUUUGAAAAAUGUGAACAAUCUACACAGGGCUCAGAAGGCACAACUUCUGCCAGUUUUGACGUAGAUAUUGAAAAUUUUGUAAGGAAGCAAGAGAAGGAAGGAAAACCUUUCUUCUGUGAAGAUCCGGAAACUGACAAUUUAAUGGUCAAAGCGAUCCAGGUUUUACGUAUUCAUCUUCUUGAGCUGGAAAAGGUUAAUGAACUGUGCAAAGAUUUCUGCAGUCGCUACAUUGCUUGUCUAAAAACGAAAAUGAACAGUGAGACUCUCCUGAGCGGAGAACCUGGAAGCCCGUACUCCCCUGUCCAGUCCCAGCAGAUUCAGAGUGCCAUCUCAGGCACGCUCAGCCCCCAGGGGAUCGUGGUUCCAGCAUCUGCCCUGCAGCAGGGGAACGUAACCAUGGCAACAGUAGCAGGUGGCACAGUAUAUCAACCUGUCACAGUUGUCACUCCUCAAGGCCAGGUAGUGACACAAGCGCUGUCGCCUGGCACGAUCAGGAUCCAGAACUCCCAGCUUCAGUUACAGUUAAACCAAGAUCUAAGCAUCUUGCAUCAAGAUGAUGGCUCAUCUAAGAAUAAAAGGGGUGUUUUGCCGAAGCACGCUACCAACGUGAUGAGAUCUUGGCUCUUCCAGCACAUAGGGCAUCCCUACCCGACAGAAGAUGAGAAAAAACAGAUUGCUGCUCAGACAAAUUUGACACUGCUCCAAGUUAACAACUGGUUCAUCAACGCCAGAAGACGGAUUCUUCAGCCUAUGUUGGAUUCUAGCUGUUCCGAGACUCCGAAGACGAAGAAGAAAACUGCUCAGAACAGACCAGUCCAGAGGUUUUGGCCUGACUCCAUCGCCUCGGGAGCCGCGCAGCCGCCGCCCAGCGAGCUGGCCAUGUCGGAAGGAGCCGUUGUGACGAUCACCACGCCCGUGAGCAUGAACGUGGACAGCCUCCAGUCUCUGUCCUCGGAUGGUGCCACCCUGGCAGUGCAGCAGGUCAUGAUGGCGGAACAGAGCGAGGACGAGUCCGUGGACAGCACAGGGGACAGUGCGGCCACGCUCGCCCCCACCCACCUCAGCAGGCUGGUCCUGGAGAACAGCGACUCCCUGCAGUAGGGGGCCGGCGCGGCCCAGAACCACGGGUGGGCUGGCCUGACUUUUUAUAGUUUGCACAGCAAACAUUUUACACAGUUUUAUUUCUAAUAUGUUUUAUAUGUAGAUAGAGAAGAGUGCACUUUUGUAUUUCAUAGUAAGCUUUGAGAGCAUCUUUGCUGGUGCAGCGACUUCUUUCAAGUGUGUGUGUGCGUGUGUGUGUGCGCGUGCGUGCGUGUGCGGGUUUUUAAGGAAAUUCUUUAAAGGUUUAACGCUAAAAACGUGAUGAAUGACAAACACCCCCAUGAGCCCCUACUUAGACUAAGGAAUAGUGCUGCCAUUUUCUAAAAAAUUAUGCAGUUUUAAUUUAGUUCUGUGGUUGAAGCAGGUCUCGGUGGGCUGAUUUAUUUGUGUGGCCCAUGGAUUUGAAAGAAGCUUCUGCAUCUUAAAGCUGCCAGUGCGAGGCGGACACCGCACAACAACAAAAGUGGGCGUGACUCCGUGGUGGUCGCGCAGCGGUCUGAAUACGCUUAGGUUCUCGCACAUUCGGUGAGCCUGUUUCAUUUGCUAUAGAUAAAAAGAAAUUCCUAUUUUUACCUUGCUGGAAUUAUUGGAUAAAAAGCUAUUUUUAUAAAUUCGUUAUGAAUUGGAUUAUGACUAUAUUGAGGAUAAAAUUUCUAGAGAAGAAACAAUACGCGGUUACUCUUUCAAUUUGGAAUGUUCUGAACUGACCAAAUUUCAUGAACCUCCCCAAGUUAGCUAGCAUUCCAUGGUUCUCUGUCAUCCCAGGGUAGUGGUUUAUAUUUACUACUAUGAAAGACACAACUGUUGAAUGAAAUUUUGAUACCUGCAAAUUUUAGUUUAUAUGUAAAUGCUUACACUUGAUCUGAACAUAGAUCUAAAGGUAUUGCUAAAUAGGACUAGGUGAGUCAGGUGAAGUGGUGGCCAGUAAUCGGUUAACAGCUCUUACCACCCAUAUUUCUGAUUUAAAUCUGACUACAGUUAAAUGGUUACCCUGCCACUUAGCUGUGUGUUGUUUUAGGAUGUUUUAGUCGCCAUAUGUUAUGCAUAGAAUGUUUAUUAUAAACUAAUAUAAAAUGUCCUCUACCCCACUGGCUCAGAGUGAGGGCCAAUAACCCACACUCAGCUCCAUUCAGCCCUGUUACAUAAUUGACAUCUCCCCAGAGUGACACGGUGCCCUGGACAGGGAUGACGGCACGACGGCAGACUCGCCUGCCUUUGGUCCUGGUGUCUGUAUUUUCUCCUUGUCCGUUGUUGCUUUGGAAUUUCCAGAGCCCUCCCCCUCUGACUUGAUCACAGGAGAUUUGGAAUGAUUUUAGGACUUCCAUUUCCUGGCCACAAGACGAACCAAAAGAGUAGACUGGGUUUUAUUGACUUCGUUUUCAUGUAUUUGCAAGGGGGGCUCUUUCUCAGAGCGAAACAAGCCACCUUGUCUCCUAGUAAAGUCUUUAUAUGGUCUUACAUGGGAUGCCCACAGUUUGUGUUUGGGGAAGUCGUCCGUUCUUGCGGUUCAGCAGCGGGAGCUGGCUACAGACCAAGGUUCCACUGAGGGAUAUUUUGAGCUAGGGCAGAUUUUGUUCUGCAACUGAUUUUUCCCCCCAAAAUUUAUCGACUAAAGCUAAUCACAGAGGAGUAUUUCCUAGAUAACUUAGAAAGCAGUUAGAAAUACAUGGAGAUUUCUCUUAAAAUAUUUCAAGAGCUUUAGAAGAAAAACUUGACUAUCAACUCUCCGCGAGAGAAUCACAUUUUAAAGCAGCAGUUACAUUCCUUAUUUAUAAGCGAUUUGUAAUGUUCUCAGUAAGUCUACCCAAGUUUAACGGAUCAUUUUAACUUGACCUAAAGUCCGACAUUGUUGGACUUCUUGAAGCUAGGACCGGUGGAGGCCAUCCAGCCUUCCUCCAUCCCCAGGUCCCCAGCCCCUCCUACAGCCGCCCUGCUCUUUGGGUGAGCACAGUUCUCCAGAGUGUGGACUCCGCAGGUCACCGUCCCCCCACCCCCCGUCCCGGGAUCCCGGAAUCGCACUCCCUGAGUCUCCGCUUGUUAGUUGAGGGCUGCACAGACUUGGUCAGUUGGGAGACAGGGUCUGGCCAGGGUCCCACCGCCCAUACUGGCCUGAGACUCGGCCCCCUGUGCCCAGUGACACAUUAUGCUCCCUCUGGUUGAGGCUAGUUUUCUGAGGCUCUAAAUCCUUACUGGGUUCUAGGAUGAGCCAUUCAGAGAGAGGCGCUUCGUCUACGGCCAUACCACCCUGAACGCGCCCGAUCUCGCCAGAGAGAGGCGCUUCCAGACAGGCCCGAGGUUCCUUCAGACCCUUCCUGGAAUCACAGGUGCUCGGCCACGGCCCUGGCACGGCCAGCUGGGCGGUUCGCAGAUGGCCGUGCAGCAUGUUUGUCGUCAGUCUGCAGGUUCGAAAGCCCCCAUCUCCAGCCCUCGGGCCAUCCAGGGAAUCUUUAGGAAGGGGACACCAUCGAGCGAGCGUGCAUUUUCAGUGAGCAGAUUCGAUCCUGACUUUCCAUAAGGAUGCCGUGGAUGCGUCCUGAGACCCACAGGAAGCAUGUUGCUGCCCCACUGUUCGGAGGCCGAGGGGGUCACCUGCCAGUCCUCCCGGCGAGCUGCAGCCCGGGACCAGCUCCGCGGCGGCCUUCCGACGCCAGACGGCCCAGUAAGUUGAGGGAUUUGUCCAGUAUGCAGGGUAGGGUGGGCGGCAGGCGCCCGGCUUGCUCCCGGACCACAGCACUGCCCACACCCUGCCCUCCAGGGUCACAGGGGCCUUUCCUCCGCCCUCUGCGGGAGCCAGCGCCAGGGCACUUUGCUCCCAGACGGGCUCAGAUGUUCCCGGACGGUGGGAAAGGCCCAUCUCUGGCAGUCAGUGACAGAAAUGACUCCGCAGUCUGCCUUUGUUGUUAUGUUUGGUCUAUGAACUGACAAUCUUUAAAAUGUGAAUACUGUAACAAUAUGUUUUCUUGGAUUGUUGUCUUUAAAAGGGACUUUUGUGAAGCAAUUGAUUUAUCAAAGCAAAAAAAUUAAACAUAGAAACAUGCUU